CGCAAUACAGUGUGUUAAAUGAAACUCAAAGAUAACUUAGUAGAAACUAAACAAAUUUCUUUUUUAGGGCAAUGGCGAAUCUGCCUCAAUCGCUGUCAAUGAACGGCCAAUUUAUCGGUGGAGGAGGUGGACCAAGCGCGUCCGCGCAAAUCGCCGGUGGAGCUCCGGCGAAUAAGGACCGGAAGAUGGCUUCGGCAGAGCAUUUGGUGCUUGACCUAAGUAAUCCUGAUCUUCGUGAAAAUGCUCUCCUUGAGCUCUCUAAGAAGAGAGAAUUAUUUCAAGAUUUGGCUCCAUUGUUGUGGCAUUCGUUUGGUACUAUUGCUGCUCUUUUACAGGAGAUAGUUUCCAUCUACCCUGUUUUAUCACCACCAAACCUUUCCCCCGCACAAUCAAAUCGAGUUUGCAAUGCCCUCGCUCUUCUUCAGUGUGUAGCCUCUCAUCCGGACACAAGGAUGCUGUUCCUCAAUGCUCAUAUACCUUUAUAUCUGUACCCUUUCCUUAAUACAACAAGCAAGUCAAGACCUUUUGAGUACUUGAGGCUUACCAGUUUAGGUGUCAUUGGUGCCCUGGUGAAGGUUGAUGACACUGAAGUUAUUAGUUUCCUUCUUUCAACUGAAAUAAUUCCAUUGUGUCUGCGUACUAUGGAGAUGGGCAGUGAAUUGUCGAAAACAGUUGCAACAUUUAUAGUGCAAAAGAUUUUGUUGGAUGAUGUUGGCUUGGAUUAUAUUUGCACUACAGCAGAACGGUUUUUUGCUGUGGGUCGAGUUCUAGGGAACAUGGUUGGUGCACUUGCUGAACAACCAUCGUCUCGGUUGCUGAAACAUAUUAUUAGAUGUUAUCUUCGUCUGUCAGAUAAUGCAAGGGCUUGUGAUGCAUUACGGAGUUGCUUGCCAGAUAUGCUAAGAGACAACACCUUCAAUAGUUGCCUUCGUGAAGAUCCAACAACAAGGCGAUGGCUGCAGCAAUUACUUCACAACGUCGGAGUGAGUCGGGUGGCAGGGCUUCAAGCUGGGGCAUCAUUUGAGCAUUUGCUGGUGACAAAGACCGAUGACUCGUUGUCUUACUAUUAAUUCUCAUGUCAAAUCUUCUGCUUAAUGUAACUAUAGGUUUGUUACAGAAGAAAUUUUAGUAGUAUCAAAAAUGGGGGAAAAGGAAAAUUUCAAUGUUUUAUGUUUUAUGUUAUAUUUAUUCUUAUUAUGCGGUUCUUCUUCUGUAAUAAAUAGAAAUAGCUAAAGCUGUUUAUGUGGAGGUUUUUCAUGUUCUUAA